AGGCUGAUACGACACACUUAUGCAUGUGCUAUUUCCCUGUUGCCAAGCUUAGUGGGGCCAUAACCUCAGAGGGAACCAGGAAUCUCACACUGUUCAUUCACAUUUAUCUGCUGCCGUGAGAGAAAACCUUUUUUUUUGUCAGUUGGAGAUCACUGACAGGAUUAUUGUGGAUUAAUUCAUAGGCAACCAUACUAAGCCCUGUGCUUGAAGAUUAUGUAACUGUUUUGAAUGGCCAUGUUGUACACGGAGCUACUGCGACUCUGGGACGAGGCCGUGAAGGCCAUGGACGUGCAAGACUGGAAGGGUGCGCUCGCCAAGCUCGACGACAUCUACGAGCCCACUGCCCGCACCCUGUUUGCGACCGCAGCCGCACACUUAGCCCUUGGUCAGCUGCAGCCAGCCAUCCAGGCUUUAGAACAGACCAUUAUCAAGGAUGAGAGGCUUGCUGUUGGCUUUUUCCAAAGGGCUGGAGUCCUUUUGCUGGCUAAUAGGCCGGAGGAAGCUCUCGCUGACUGCAUAUGUGCCCAGAAGCACAUGAGAGAGAAUGGCGUCAUUGACUACCGACAGCUGGGGCUGCGCUAUAAACUCUACAGUUGGCAGGUGCUUUACAAUGCAGCUGCAGUGCACGUCAGGAUGGGCCACUGGGAUAAAGCCCGGGACAUCCUGUUAGCCGCGGCCGAGGAGAAAGGCGGGGCUCGUGGUGGCACUGUGGAGGCAGCACUGGACAGUAUCUCAAGGAGGGAGGUCCUGGCUCCUCUCCUGGUCCCAGUGGGAGACGUGUUCAGACCCAGGAAAGAGGAAGUCGAACAGCUCAAGCAAAGGGAUUUCCUGGGAAAAGCCAAGGUGAUAACCUCUGCACUCCCCAAUGAUGACUUUGCUGGUUUUGAUCCACUCCGCGGUCAGAAACCUGGAUUCUAUGAACCUAAAGUUGGAGGUGGAGGAGGAGGUGGAGGUGGAGGAGGAGGAGGAGGAGGAGGCGGCGGUGGCGGCGGUGGCGGUGCAACUGGAGGAGGAGGGGACUCCCGGUACAUGCGUAUGAAGAGUGUGUAUAUGGGCCGCAACCCUGAGGAGCUCUCUGUGCCCGCCGGAGGGAUGGUGUUCAUGUUCAGUGAAGCGGACCAAACUGGCAUGGCCACUGUGAUCUAUGAUGGAAAGAAAGGCAUGCUGCCCAUCACAAUGCUGGAUCCUGUGGAUCCCAAGAAGGCCAAGAAAAGCAAAAAAAAGGUAGAUAGUGUGCCCAAUGGCAUUCCCUUCCCGCCUGCACUCAGCCCCCCCACUCGCCCCGAGACCUCCUCCAGUCCUCGAGACGGCCCACCGUCGUAUGUGAGCGCCACCCAAAGCUUUCCACCUCUUCAGUAUGGAGCCCCAGCCAUCAGCCCCACUGACUCGGACCUGCCAUCUUCCUCCUCAGAUGACCCUGGCUCAGUGAUAGUGAAGGUGCACUACAGAUACACCGUGGCACUGCGUGUCCCUCCUGGCACACCGUACGACGAGCUACAGCAGAAAAUUGCUCACAAACUGGGCCAGUCGCCCUCUCAAUUGCGCCUGAGGUUUAAGCAUCAUGGCACUCAGGCACUGACCCCGCUGGACACUACAGAGGGCCUCCAGAGCCUGGCAGAGGUGGCGGAAUCUGGUCGGGCCACACUGUGGUGCCAGCAUGAGGAUCCUCUAGCCAACAGGACUAUUCUCUACCAGAUGGUGGCACUGUAUGACUACACUACACAGGGGCCAGAGGAUCUGGAGUUCAGCGAGGGAGACACAAUAGACAUCCUCAGUGAGGUCAAUGAGGAGUGGCUGGAGGGCCACACGGCUGGAAGCAUUGGCAUCUUCCCCAGAUGCUUCGCCUAUCGAGACGGAGAGGCUGCCCAAGAGGCCCAUUCAGCCACAAUGCUGUGAUGCCGGGGUCCAAUAGAGUAUGUGGGAGUGUAGGACAUAUGCACAUGCUCACACACGCAUGCGCGCGCACGCACACACACACACACACACACACACACACACACACACACACACAGACACCAUGUAUGAAUCUGAUAUGGUUUGGGGUUUUCUCCUUUCUCUAAGUAUGUCUACACUUUAGUUUUAUCAUAGCGAUCAUUGGUCUUGGACAAACUGUACUUGUACAUGGUUACAGUAUUCAUAUGGUUAACUGUAUUGGAGGAAAGAGUUUAGAACAAUUGGAUAGAAUUUAAGUCCUUCAGUUACAAUCUUAAAUACUUCAAUUGAAUAAUUUAAGCUGAGGGGCAUUUUACAGACAAUCCACUGUUACACAGUUGUAAUUUAGACAUAAUUUAAACAGAUGUUGUGUGUCCAUUGAGAUCUAUUGAAAGUAUUUAUACCCCCACUGAAUAUAUUUAAUUUGACAGUCACCGACAUGGAUACUAUUUUCUUGUCGAAACAAGUUGUGUACCAUGAAUCUGGGACUACCGUGAUGGGGGUGUGUGCUGUCAACAUGUCAUAACAACUCACUGAAGUCAACAGCCAUGUGCUAUUGAUGCCGGGGGAGUAUUUGAAAAAUAGGUUUUGGCACUUAGCGUCAAACCACUCAUAUGUUAACACCAAAGGUUUGUUAGUGCCUGUCAUAUCUUCUCAGAGAGUAUCACCUUAUAGAACCAAAAAAGAACUAAACAUUAGCAAAAUGAGCUCUCCCUGCAGAAAGUUCUGGUAUUCAAAUUAGACCAGGGGGUCUCUAUCUGAGCCAGUGUGAUUCAUAGCACUGUAAUAAGAGAUGCCUUGAAGUCUUGUCAUUCCCCAAUUUGAAACACGCCAUCAUCCCUUAAGGGCUCCUGUUGAACAGCACAGAGUGACUAGCAGGAAGUGCUAGACCAGAGAAUGCAAUUAUUCACAAACGGCUGUACAGAGCCGCUGUAAAAAUAGACGUCUGUGAUUCAGCCAAGGCCGUGUCGGGGGGCCUUGACUUUUCUCUUCCCCUCGGCGAGUCUGUCUCUCUCUCUCUCUUUCUCUCUCUCUCUCUCAUGCCUAUCCGAUAAUUAAUAGGCAGAUGAAUGUCAGAGUCUUCCAGACGGCACCAGUGGUGGGAGAGAGAAGUGGUAGGGGGGGCCCCCGUGUCACUCCCAGUCACUCGCUGCGUCAUUCCGGAAUCCGGCAGCUUCUAAAUCAGUCCUCUAUGCAUUUGCAUGUCUCUGACGCCUACUUUUUUUUCUUUUUUUUUUUUCGGAACAGUAUGAAAACAUUGGAAUGCAGAAAUAAUAAUGACACCAACGAGGUUUUUACCCAAUUCAUUUGCCUACAAGGCUGUUGCCAUUAUACAAACUUUUCUUCUGUUGAUUUAUUUAUUUGUUUAUUAAGUCGAACCUUUACAUAUUGGACAAGCAAUAUAUUUACUUUGCACAAGUAUAUAUCAUGUCUGUCCAUCACCUUCACUUUCUGCACCCAGCUCUGUCAUUAAAGCCUUUGUCACUUCA